GCUGCCCUCAAUAGUAGACGUUUUGUAAACAUUUCGGAGUGAUUACCGUCGGUGGUAGAUGCGUAAGAUGAAAACCAAGGCGCUGAUUGAUCAACUUACUGAAGAACAAGUAAUCGAAAUCCGUGAGGCGUUUCGCUUGUUCGACAAGGACGGCGAUGGGACUGUAUCUACACAGGAGUUGGGGACGGUGCUGAAAUCACUUGGACAGGCACCAACAGAUGAUGAGCUAGAGACCAUGAUUAACGAAGUGGACACUGACGGCAAUGGUAUCAUCGAGUUCUCAGAGUUCCUCGCCAUGAUGGCAAAGAAGAUGUUAGGGGGAGAGUCCGCGCUUGACAUCCGGGAGGCGUUCAAGGUGUUUGAUCGGGACGGGCACGGCUACAUCACGGUGGCAGAACUCAAACGCGUGAUGACCACCCUUGGGGAGAAGAUGACGGAGGAGGAGGUGAAUGAGAUGAUAUCAGAGGCAGAUGUGGAUGGGGAUGGCAAGGUCGAUUAUGAAGAGUUUGCGGAAAUGAUCAAGUCGAAAUAGGACACACCUCAUGAGGAUGAUAAGACAGAAUGGACUAGGCCACAGUUGAUGAAUCCAUUC